ACUAAUCGAACCGGGAGGUUUCCCGUCUGCGGGGUGGGCUUCGCUCCCGAGUCCCGACCGUUUGGGCAGAAGCAAAGAGGCCCAGCGAGAAGAUAAAAGGGCCUCAAAGCCCAUUUCCCCAUCCCUAUCUGCGGCGGCGGCGUCUCGAGCAGAGAGGGAAGGAAGAGCAUUCUAUUCUACCCUAGAGAAGAGAAGAAAAAAGAAGCAGAGGAGGCGGAGGCGACGACGAUGUCGGCGGUGACGGCGGCGGUGCCCUUCUGGCGUGCGGCGGGGAUGACCUACAUCGGCUACUCCAACGUCUGCGCGGCGCUGGUGCGGAGCUGCCUCAAGGAGCCCUUCAAGACCGAGCUCUCCUCCCGCGAGAAGGUCCACUUCUCCCUCUCCAAGUGGACCGACGAGAAGCAGCAGAAGCCCACUGUGCGCACGGAUGAGGAAUGAAGAUCAGGUGUAAUGGUGAUGUUCUGAGAAGUUUGUUGAUUUGUGGUCCGGUCUUAAGAAUAAAUUCGUUCGGUGACAAUGGAUCUAUUCCGAUACUAUGUUGUUAUAUUUACUAAUUGCUCCUUUCCUACUUGAUGAACCAUGUGAAACUCUUGUCGUGUGGUACUCGAGUGAGCGUGUUUAUAUACAUUAUGUCUGCCGAUGCUUUAAUAUUAUGUACUGUACAAUAUCUCUAAAGCUUAUGAAUAAACUGUUUUAGCUAUA